AUUGAAGAAAUGAUGACUCCGAUGGGUGAUUUUUAAAAAGGGGGGAUUUCAAGGAGCAUAAUUUGACAGGAAUGUGACAUGUUGGCCCAAAGGAUAUGAUAAUAAGGGCCGCGGAUUGAUCCGGGUUCGUCAAAGGGGUAUCGCAGGGAAGCGGAAAAUUGAUCUUCGAGAAUCGCCAGCAAUUCCGUCCAGUUCUGGCCAAAUUUUGACGUCCUCGAGCGUUUUACAGUGAAAUAAGAGUAGCUGUAGUAUAAGGUGAUAUCUGCGAUGCGUUGAUAUGAUCUUAUCGGCUUUUAAUUCCGUGAAAGUAGUUCCCAAUGAGCGAUGAUAUAAAGGGUGCAAGCAGGCCUGAUGUGACAGAGAGAGAGGCUGUCUGGAAGCGGAAGAACCCUUGACAAUUGUGCCGACAAAAUCACCCUUUUUCAGCAUUUUGACUGGUUCCACGGAUCUAGAAUUCUGCAGCCUAUUGAACGUGUAGAGGGGAUGCCCUCUUGUGCGAGCUGCGCCUAUGGCCGACCAACCUAGUCACCAUCCUGGGGGGUCUUUGCGGCGGUCGUCACGCACAUCGGUUGUUGCCAGGAGAGUUGAGUCGACCAGCAGCCGGAGCAGCAGUGUCAGUAGCAGUAGGAGUAGCAGUAGUGCCCUGUCUGGGCCAGCCAACUCCAAGAGGUCUGAAGUAGAGCCUAAUUCAGAUUUGACAAGUGGAAAAAACUCUGGGCGAGGCUCCCACAGAAGAGGCAAGAGCCAGGAAAGAAAGAGGCAAGUUGGUUUGUAUUCAGGAAUGGAGGAGGAAGGUCCCAGGAGCACACGACAUUCACCUUCACCCGAUCGGUCAUCUUCCCAGCCCGCCAAGCGGAAAGCUACGCACCGACCAGCGACAAAAGAGCCAGCCAAGAAGCUGGUCAAGACUGAAGUACAGACAAACUCUGUCCUUCCCAAACGAGGAGCCGGCAGGCUUCGCAAGGACUCUGCUUCUUCUACCGUCAGCAGUAGGAGUUUCACCAGUACCAGUACCAGUGAGAGUUCCCUCAGACAGGGAAGCAGUAACAAGGAGAGAAGACCGAGCACUUCCUCUUCUGCCAGCAGUGAAACUUCUUUGGUCCCAGGAACAAACAAGAGGGUUCGGAAACUCAGUGGAGGGACAUCAGCAAAAAAGAAGAAGGAUAUCACUCACAUUUCUGGGCAGUCCUCUCGUGGUUAUGGUCUUAGGUCUCAUCCUGAUAUAAAAUCAGGAUCAAAAGCUAAGACAGGUAAACUAAACUCUGAGAAGUGUUCAAAAGAGGAAGGUGCAAGUGGUACAAGUUCUUCUAGUGCUUUGCCAUUGUUAUCAAGUCUGCCACCUACCGGAAAGGGCAAGUCAAGAAAGUUUUCCGAUUCCAAGAACCACAGUAAGAACUCGGGGAAGAACUCCUCCCGACAAUCUUCCAGCAAAACAAAAGAAACCACAAAAAGCAAAGUGGGGAAGGCAACCUCCAAAAGUAGUUCCUCCGCGACCGGGGGAGAGAGCUCUUCGGCAAAGUCCGGGAGGGCUAGUAGUACUGACAAGGGAUCAGACAACCGAGACUCUCGUAAGAGGGAGGACCUUUUCAAUUCCAGAACUUCCGGUGGGGGAAGGAGAAGGGACUCUGAGGAAGGGAGUCCGAACUUUAACAAUCUCAAUCCCACGGUUAGUUUGUCCAGAUCUAGACUAAGAUCAGGAGGGAAAGAAGGGGAUCCAGAUCACCCUGGUCCCUCGGGGUUAGCGGAGCCGAAAUCAGACAAGGGGAAAGGUAAAGGGAAGGGGAAGCGUCGCGACAAGAUCCCGCCCGAGCCCGAGAGCUUGCGGCGGAGCGCAAGAAACAGAACAACGGGAUCCUGUGCAAGCAGCAGUCGCCGGGGCUCGGGGCCGAGCAAGCGCAGUACAGCGGGGGCAGGAUUGGAGGAAAACAUGAAUAAUCCAAACGCAACUCAGGAUGGGACCGCCAACAACACUGGUACAACCAGGGCGUCGGAGGAAGCAACACAGGGAGCUAUUGGAGGAGCAGGAGCGGGAGCCGUGGGGGGUGCCAGCGCCCUGGCCACCUCCGGAGGGGAGAGCGAAUCGGAUGACUCGGAGAUGGGACGUCUGCAAGCCCUACUAGAAGCCCGCGGUCUGCCCCCGCACUUGUUCGGAGCCCUGGGCCCCAGGAUGCACCAGCUCCUCCACCGUACGAUGGGUGGGGGAGCGUCCAGCAAGGCACACACACUACUGCAAGGCCUACAGAGCGCCGACGAAAGCCAGCAGUUACAGGCAGUCAUCGAGAUGUGCCAGCUACUGGUGAUGGGGAAUGAAGAGACACUGGGAGGGUUCCCAGUCAAGUCUGUAGUGCCAGCUCUUAUAACUCUGCUCCAGAUGGAGCACAACUUUGACAUGAUGAACCAUGCCUGCCGGGCCCUGACAUACAUGAUGGAAGCCCUACCCAGGUCAUCCACUGUGGUGCUGGAGGCAGUGCCUGUAUUCUUGGAAAAGCUGCAGGUGAUCCAGUGCAUGGAUGUGGCUGAGCAGUCCCUCACAGCCCUGGAGAUGUUAUCUAGGAGACACAGUAAGGCCAUUCUACAAGCAGGAGGGCUGGCAGCUUGCCUCCUGUAUCUGGAGUUUUUCUCCAUCAAUGCCCAGCGUACCGCCCUGGCCAUCGCUGCCAACUGUUGUCAGACCAUCACCCCAGAGGAGUUCCACAUGGUACAGGGGUCCCUGGCACUCCUGUCAUCAAGGCUUCAGCACCAGGACAAGAAGUCAGUGGAGAGUGUCUGUCUUGCAUUUGCCCGACUUGUGGACAACUUCCAACAUGAUGCCAAACUGCUGAAGGAACUGACAGCACAUGGUCUACUCACCAACAUACAGCAGCUCCUAGUGGUGUCACCACCAAUCAUUAGCACAGGCACUUUCAUCAUGGUGAUCCGCAUGCUGUCCCUGAUGUGUGCCUCCUGUCCUGAGCUGGCCGUGCAGCUUCUGAAACAGAACAUCACAGACACCCUCAGAUACCUGCUGGUCGGCCCGUCCGAGCCCCAGGCCAGUAAUGAAGAAUUUGAACUACUCCCUCGAACACCUCAAGAACUGUAUGAGAUCACAUCCUUAAUAGCCGAGCUGAUGCCAAAGCUGCCGUCCGAUGGUAUCUUCUCGGUGGACGCCAUGCUGAGAAAGAACAACAACACCAGUACAGACGAGGCCAUCUGGCAGUGGCGGGACGACCGUGGCGUCUGGCACCCGUACACGCGCAUCGACAACAGAAUCGUAGAGGCUGCACACCAGUGUGGGGAAGAUGAGAUUAGCUUGUCUACCAUGGGAAGAACCUACACCAUCGACUUCAACUCCAUGCAGCAGAUAAAUGAAGACACAGGCACAGCCAGGCCUGUACAGAGGAGACCCAACCAGGGAGGGACCAACUCUUCAGUGUCCCCAGAUGAAGUGAAAGAAGAUGCCCGUGCUGCUGUGUUGAAGGAGGAUAAAGAGUUGGCCUCUGCGUUUAUCCGUAGUCUGUUUGGGGUGUUGUAUGAAGUGUACAGCUCCUCCGCAGGACCAUCCAUCAAACACAAGUCCCUCCGAGCCAUACAGAGGGUCGUGUACUACGCUGAUGCCGAGCUCCUCAAGGAAGUCCUGAAAUCUUACGCUGUAUCAAGCCAUAUCGCUGGGAUGCUGUCCUCCCAGGACCUGAAGGUGGUGGUCGGAGCACUUCAGAUGGCUGAAAUCCUCAUGCAGAAACUUCCCGACAUAUUCAGUGUCUUCUUCAGGAGAGAAGGUGUGAUGCACCAGGUGAAGAAGUUGACCAAGAUAGACACGUCGGUUACCCCAGCCAGCUCCCCAAUGAAGGAGUCUGCUCCAGGACCCUCCCAAGAACAUGAGCCAGAGGAUAUCUAUGCUCCACCCAAAGGGAGACUGAGUGAUGCCAUGAAGAGAAAGUCAGGUCCCAUCCCUAAGACAAGAAGUGCCAGAAGAAGAUACUCUCCUUCUGCUGAGGAGCCUUCCAGCCCAGUGGCUGAAGCCCUGGAUGUCUUCACACGAUCGUCGGGAGCCAAAGGAUUUGGAGGGAAAGGAACAGGAGCGAAAGGGAAGGGCUCUUCUGGACCAGGGAAGACAGGUGGCACAUCUCCCAAGCCGUCCUUCCUGGCCAGUCUGAACCCCUCGCGCUGGGGGCGGGGCAGCACUGGUAGUACCAGCAGUGGAGCAUCAGGCUCACCUACAGACAAGAAUGCACCAAAGGACAGCUCCAGUCUUGGUCUUCCCCGUUCUUCCAGUAACCAAGGCCUAGCUUCAAACAAGGAGAAGAUUAAACAGUGGAUCAAAGACAGAGCCACCAAGUUUGAGAAGGAUUACUUCAGCCAUGAGACCCAGGGGAUCAGCCACCCUGCUCUGGACGUGCUGAGAAGACUGUGUGAUGCUGUGGAGAAGUUAGCUCUGGAGAAGGACAGAGGGAUUGACUGCCUGGUAGACAUCAGCAGGAUCGUGACUGACUCGGACGUCUCGCCGUUUGAGAUCCAGCACAGCGGUCUGGUGAAGUCCCUCCUGGCCUACCUCACCAGUCAGAGUGAGAACGAUGCCGUGACUCGGGCUGUCCGACUCAAGAGGUUCCUGCAUGUUUUCCUGGACUGCCCUGCCCCAGAUGGCACAAUGGUGGUGAAGAGUGUUGAUCCCAGUAACCAGCCAGCGUUGUUCCCCCUGGUAGCCAAGCUGAACGGCUGUAUUAACCAGCUGGAACAGUUCCCUGUCAAAGUGCACGACUUACCAGGGGGAGGGGCCGCCACUGGAAGGGGUUCCCAAGCAUUGAAAUUCUUCAACACACAUCAGCUCAAGUGUCAGCUCCAGAGGCACCCAGACUGUAAGAACGUUAAACAGUGGAAGGGUGGCCCUGUCAAGAUUGACCCCCUGGCCCUGGUACAGGCCAUCGAGAGAUACCUGGUUGUCCGCGGUUACGGUAGAAUACGGGACGGCGAGGACGAAGACAGCGACGAAGACGCAUCCGACGAUGACGUUGACGAAUCUUUGGCAAGUGUUUCAACCAUGGCCACCUUCUCUGGGCCGAACGUGCGUCACAGACUGCAGUUUUUCCUGAGUGACCACUUGCUUCCCUACAACAUGACUGUGUACCAGGCCAUACGGCAGUACGGCCAGACGACCGAGGAGGACAGGGAGACAGACGACGAGUCCAACCCACUGGGUAGAGCUGGGAUCUGGAUCAAGACUCAUACCAUAUGGUACAAACCAGUCCCCUUGGAUGAGGACAGUAAGACAGAACUAGUGGCCGCUGCCUCAGCUACCAAGAAGGGGAAAGGCACUUCCCCCAACAAGGGGCCGGCCAAAGUAGCAGCCAGGAAACACGACGAGCUGUGGAAUGAGGGAGUGUGUCCAGCUCCUGUAUCCCCCCUGAAACCCCUGCUGGUGCCAACCCUCCCAGGAAAUGUCCGAAUCGACGACCCGUCCCUGGAGGUCAUCUGUUUAAUGAGGGUGAUCCAUGCCCUUAACAGAUAUUGGUACACAUUAUUUGAGAAUGCACCCACAAAGCCCAUCCUGCCCCCAGCAGAUUUCAUCAACAGUAAACUCACAGCAAAGGCCACAAGGCAACUCCAGGACCCUCUUGUCAUCAUGACUGGCAACCUCCCACCCUGGUUGGUGGAGAUAGGCAAAGCCUGCCCUUUCUUACUUCCAUUUGACACGCGGCAAACCCUUUUCUACAUGACGUCGUUUGACCGAGACCGUGCUAUGCAGAAGCUGCAGGACAGCUCGCCUGAAGUCACCAGUACGGACUCCACAGAUAGCAGAGUGGCCCCCAGACUAGAUAGGAGAAAGAGAACCGUUUCUAGAGAAGACUUGUUGAAGCAGGCUGAGUCAGUUAUGAAUGACCUUGGUAACUCCAGGGCCAUGUUGGAGAUACAGUAUGAAAAUGAGGUUGGGACAGGGCUAGGGCCGACCCUGGAGUUCUAUGCACUGGUGUCUAGAGAGGUACAGAGAGCAGACCUGGACCUGUGGAGAGGAGAGGCUGUGCCACUCCCAGACUCUAAAGGGAACCAAGACGGAACUUUGUAUGUGCAUUCCUCAUUGGGACUCUUCCCACAGCCCUACGGCAGAACAGCCAAGCUCGGUCACGUGACCAAGGCUAAGAUCAAGUUUAGAUUCAUAGGAAAGUUCAUGGCCAAGGCUCUCAUGGACUCAAGAAUGGUUGACUUCCCACUGAGUCUGCCGUUCUACAAGUGGGUGCUAGGGCAGGAAGCCUCCCUCUCUGUCACAGAUAUACAGUAUCUGGACCCAGUUGUUGCCAAGUCAGUGUCCCAGCUGGUGGACGUGCUCAGGCAAAAGUCUCGUCUCCAAGAGGACAAAGCACAUACUGCACAGAGCCUGCAGCUGGCCCUGGAAAGCCUGACGUUAGACGGGUGUAGAAUAGAGGAUCUGGAUCUGGACUUCACGUUACCUGGGCACCCCAAUAUAGAACUGAAGAAGGGAGGCAAGGACAUCCCUGUCACUAUACACAAUCUGGAGGAGUAUGUCAAGCUUGUAAUUCACUGGACGUUGAUAGAGGGCGUUUCAAGACAGUUUGAAUCGUUCAGAGAGGGAUUCGAGUCCGUCUUCCCCAUGUCCCAUCUGCAAUACUUUUAUCCUGAAGAGCUUGACCAGCUGUUCUGCGGGAACAAGACGGAGCCGUGGGACAUGAAGAUGCUGAUGGAGACGUGCAGACCAGACCAUGGCUACUCCCACGACAGCCGCUCCGUCAAACACCUGUUUGAGAUCAUGAGCAACUUCGACAGCGAUGAACAGCGAGAGUUCCUGCUGUUUGUUACAGGCAGCCCCAGACUCCCAGUUGGAGGAUACCGUGCCCUGAACCCUCCCCUCACCAUCGUCCGCAAAGCCGUGGAAGCACCAGAAAACCCCGACGACUUCCUCCCAUCUGUCAUGACCUGUGUCAACUACCUGAAACUCCCAGACUACACGUCCAUUGAAGUCAUGGCCAACAAGCUCCGAACAGCUAUGAAAGAAGGGCAACACUCCUUCCACCUCUCAUAGUACUCCCUGAAGUAACAUGUCAUUCGAUUUUUAGUAUCCUUUUUGUUGCCAUCACACAGUAAGCCACCACAGCCCCCAAACUGACCGUCAACAGCACAAUUGGUGGUGUUGAGAAGGUGUUACAGAUGAAUCAUUAACAAGGGCAUUCCAAGGGACGUUGUGGCAUGGCAUUCGAAAGAGCUCACAUGUAUGCCAAGUCAUCCUCAGAAGGCAAAUAAAAGUCCACCAGGGGCAAAUGACUGACAGACCAUUCAUUAUGAUAGUGUUUUUCAAGGAAUAUGAUUCCAUGAACUGAAAUUGUAAGAAUUGUAUAUUGAGACAAAUCCAUCAUAUUUUAACCUUCCUUCCAAAGUACCACAUUUCACAUCCAGAAGUACAGAUACGCAAAGUACAAAAUUCUACACAAGGCUUGAAACAACGGACAGCUUUGAACGUUUACUAUGUCGCAGUUCACUGCAAUCUGCAUUGUACUAUGUACAAGGUCAACUAUCCCCCCUUCAACUCCAUUGUAUGUAACUAAAACUUACCCUUAUGUUUUCCACAAUUGUCGCCAAUGUAGAGAUGCAUAUCAUUUUUAACACUUUGUUCAAAACACAUGAAAGUUUAUCAAACUGUUCUCCAACUCAAAUAAUUAACAAAAGUGCUUCAGUCAAAAAUUUCAGUUAUUCUUUGAAUAGGAGAACAGUUUAAGUUACAUCAUCUCCAUUUUCACUCCUGUAUUUCUAUACUGGCAAUGUCUUUUGCAGGCAAAUCUAUCACUAUAGCAAUCCUGGCACUUACUGUCCUUAGGAUUUUUCUCUUAUCCAGCCAGCUUCAACAUUGUAAAGGUGUCUACGCCGUAUUUUCUAUGCUUCGCAAAACAUUCGGUAAGUUACAUAUGCCUUGAACAAUCUGUGACUUUCAUUCCUGACUUCUUUAGGUAGCCUAGUAAACUAGAAUUACACUAUGGUUCUUCCAAUAUCAGCUUUUGGGGACUACAACACUUCACUGCAGUUCCCUAUCUCAUGUUGAAAUACAAACAUUACCAAAAACCAUCAACAAAACCUGAAAUCUUUAAGAGUCUGUAUAGUGAUACUCAGUUAGCAGUGGUUAGGCCUGUUUUGGAGACUUUUUUUUUUAGCUUUUAUGGCAUAUUGUUAGGCCUUCUAUUUUGUGAGUUUCUCUUCGGGUAUCCGAAAGGUAACAAAAUAAAAAGCCUGACAAAGUGAAAAAAAAUUCAACUCUACUUGGAGAGUAAUACCGGUAUAAUGAUAACGUACUAAGUCAUGUAAAAUACCACAUACAUACAUACAUCUGGAAGUGUGCCAUAAAGGUAUAGUAUAUCACGAACACAGUACAUCACUACUUCACAUGUUACAUCCAAAUUAGUCAGGCAUGUACAACAUGUGAUAACCAACUGCUUGUGACAUAUUGAGGUGUGCUAUGUGAACACAACUCUAGCACCAUGUUUUCACCAGAAUUGUCACAGACAUAGUCAAAAAUGGGUCAACGCAAUCUUACUGGUCAUAACUGUAUUAUCUAGUAGGGGGGAAUAACUAUAUGGCUACGGAACAAUUGUGGAAAACAUUUUAUUUUUACAGAACUAUCCGCACUAACGUUGCAACUAACAAAGAAGUGUUCUUGUAUACUUGACAAUGUACUUCUUCCUACCUGACAAAAAAACAAAAUACUGUUCCCAAGUCAAGUGUGUUUUUAAGUUGAACAGCAUUUCAUAUUAUUCUGUCAACAUGGAGUCUUCUGUUGCAUUUUCACUCCUUGUCGAUGUGCUUUCGUGUACAGGCAGUUGCAAGCUAUGUACAGAUUCGAGGUUUGGUGCCUUGAUACAGCGUACUAUGGAAAAAACAAGUUGCCAAGGCUUCAGACCAUUGCUGGAAAAAAAAAAGCACAUUUCCUGGUAACAAUACAUACUAAACAGUCAAGUAUUCUCUUUUCUUGUUCGCCUUUUACUUUAUGAAUUUUUUGGAUGUGUCUCCUACUCUAUCGAUGCUGGGUAUUUUCAUGGAAACAAAUGACAGCAAUAACUAUGUGCAAACUUGAUAAACAAUUGACAAAGUUUGUAAGUGCUGCCAGCAUUGCAAAAGCUGUAAUAUAUUUAUUUCCUCAUAUUCUGAAGCUAAGUGAGGAUUUACAAAAGAACGUUGAAAAAGGAAAGUCUUUUCACUUGUUACUAUUCUGUGUAGUUGAGUUAGUUCAAGGUAUAAAUUUGUUCAUUUUUGUCUUGUCAAAUUUAGUGUAGUUUUGCCAUUUCAUUUGUUAAGACGAUGUAGAAUUGUGUAUGGAGAUUGAUCAGCUCCAGUAUGGACAUUUUCAACUCAAAGUGGAAUUAAACUUUAUUUGCAAAA